GGAACCAGAGCUCCGGGCGGCGUCGGCAGCGGCGCGGGAGGCGGUGAGGCCGGGGCGCAGGAGCCGGCGCAGCGUCCGCGGCGAGAGCGGCGGGGACGAAACAGACCAAGACGAAGACGCACAGGCAGCCGGGCCGGGCAGGGCCACGGGGAGAGCGGCCGCCGGGAAGCGGGCGGGAAGCCGGGCGGGCAGCAGGCAGCCGCCGCCGAGCCGCGAAGCGACAUGGUGCUGCUCAAGGAGUAUCGAGUCAUCCUGCCUGUGUCUGUAGAGGAGUAUCAAGUAGGACAGCUGUAUUCUGUGGCUGAAGCUAGCAAAAAUGAAACAGGUGGUGGAGAAGGCGUGGAGGUCCUGGUGAAUGAACCCUAUGAGAAGGACGGUGAGAAAGGCCAGUUCACACACAAGAUCUACCACUUACAGAGCAAAGUGCCCGGGUUUGUUCGAAUGCUGGCCCCAGAGGGAGCCCUGAAUAUACAUGAAAAAGCAUGGAAUGCCUACCCUUAUUGCAGAACUGUUAUUACAAAUGAGUACAUGAAAGAAGACUUUCUGAUUAAAAUUGAAACCUGGCACAAACCCGAUCUUGGCCACCAGGAGAAUGUGCAUAAACUGGAGUCUGAGACAUGGAAACAUGUGGAAACCGUAUAUAUAGACAUUGCAGAUCGAAGCCAAGUACUUAGCAAGGAUUACAAGGCAGAGGAAGACCCAGCAAAAUUUAAAUCUAUGAAAACAGGCCGAGGACCCUUGGGCCCCAAUUGGAAGCAAGAACUUGUAAAUCAGAAAGAGUGCCCAUACAUGUGUGCAUACAAGCUGGUUACUGUCAAGUUCAAGUGGUGGGGCCUGCAGAACAAAGUGGAAAACUUUAUACAUAAGCAAGAGAAGCGUCUGUUUACAAACUUCCACAGGCAGCUGUUCUGUUGGCUCGAUAAGUGGGUUGACCUGACCAUGGACGACAUUCGAAGGAUGGAAGAAGAGACGAAGAGACAGCUGGAUGAGAUGAGACAAAAGGACCCAGUGAAAGGAAUGACAGCAGAUGACUAAAGCCACUCCACUCCCUUCUGCACUUUUUGCAAGACAGUGGUCAACAGGAAGGCCCAGCAGCUCCACCCUCCCGAGUGACAGGCCAUCUUCGGACGCAGCCUUUCUGUGCCCAUUCUUCAGGCAACUUUCAGUCCCUUACUGUAGCUAAUUCUAGAUGCCCUUUAAUAUUGUGAACAAAUAGACCCUCUGGUAUUAUGAAGCCCGUGUGUGCAGGAGCCUGCUCCUCUGAGAUAUGUGGCGCGGAGGUUGCUGUAUUUACAGCUCCUCCCUCUCCAGCCAUUGUGUUCUCAACCCAUUUCUGUGUGCCCCCACUUUAUUUUCAAGUGACAUUGUUAGUCUUUCAAAAUAGCUGCCUUUUGUGAUGUGGUGAUUUAAUCAAUUUAAGUUUGUUUGUUUUCAGCCUUGGGAUAAACUGAAGUAUUUUGCUUCCUGAACAGA